AACAGUGGUGCAUUGCGCCUGCGCCGGGAACCACCUGUAGUCCUUGAGGCUGUGCGAGGUUCUGGUUCGCCAUGGUUCGGCCCGGUUCGGUCCGGUUCGGUGUCGCUGUGACCCAGAUGAUGCGGCUGCUGCUCCGGAGGCUGUGGCGGCUGCCCGCCGCCUCGGGCCGCUCCUUCAGCGGCCUGCCCGCGCAGGUCCGGCGAACCUUUCUGGACUUCUUCCGGGAUCAACAACAUCUGCUGGUUCCGUCCGCUCCGGUUCGGCCCAGAGGAGAUCCCAGCCUGCUGUUCGUGAACGCUGGAAUGAACCAGUUCAAGCCGGUGCUGCUGGGCACCGUGGAUCCCCGCAGCCAGAUGGCGCUGUGGCGCCGCGUGGCCAACAGCCAGCGCUGCGUGCGGGCUGGAGGGAAGCACAACGACCUGGAGGACGUGGGGCGCGACGGGACGCACCACACCUUCUUCGAGAUGCUGGGCAGCUGGUCCUUCGGGGACUACUUCAAGGAAGAGGCUUGCCGCAUGGCGUGGAGUCUCCUCACCGAGCAUUAUGGGAUACCGGCAGACAGACUGUACGUCUCGUACUUUGGAGGAGACGCCGGCUCCGGCCUGCCGGCGGACCGGGAGACCCGGGACGUCUGGCUGGACCUGGGGGUUCCUGCGUCGCGCGUGCUGCCGUUCGGUCUGAAGCACAACUUCUGGGAGAUGGGGGACACGGGCCCCUGCGGCCCCUGCACCGAGAUCCACUAUGACCACGUGGGCGGGCGCCAGGCGGCGGCGCUGGUCAACGCCGGCGGACCGGAGCUGGUGGAGAUCUGGAACCUGGUCUUCAUCCAGUACAACAGGGAGGCGGACCAGAGCCUGCGGCUGCUGCCCCAGUUCAGCGUGGAUACUGGGAUGGGACUGGAGCGACUGGUCGCCGUUCUGCAGGGGAAGCGCUCCAACUACGACACGGAUCUGUUCACGCCGCUCCUGGACGCCAUCCAGCAGCGGUCGAGGGCGGGGCCUUACGGCGGCAGGAUGGGCGAGGCGCCGGACGCCCAGGUGGACCGGGCCUACCGGGUCGUGGCCGAUCACGUCCGGACCCUGGCGGUUUGCAUCGCCGACGGAGUGCAUCCUGGGAUGUCUGGCGCCGAGUUGGUGCUGAGGAGGAUCCUGAGGCGGGCGGUCCGGUUCUGUGCCGAGGUUCUGCAGGCUCCGCCGGGUUCGCUGGCCAGCCUGGUGCCCACCGUGGCUCAGACUCUGGGCGACGCGUUUCCGGAGCUGUCCAGGGAAGCGGACCGGAUCGCUGACAUCAUCGAUGAGAACGAGGGUCACUUCCUGUCUUCCCUGCAGCGUGGCAGCCGGCUGAUCCAGAGGACCUGCGUCCAGACGGACGGCGGCCCCUUCCCCGCGGCGGUGGCCUGGUCGCUGCACCGAGACCUGGGCUUCCCUCUGGACCUGGUGGACCUGAUGCUGGAGGAACGCGGCGUCCAGGUGGACCGCCAGGAGCUGGACCGCCUCGUGUCCCACGACCAGAAGAUUCGGGCGGAGCAGCAGGCGGACGCACGACCCCGCCUCCUGCUGGACGUGCUGAGCCUGGCGGCGCUGCAGCGCGCCGGCGUUCCUCACACCGACGACGGCCCCAAGUACCGGUACCACCUGGAGAACGGCCGAUACGUGUUCCCAGCAUGCCGAGCGACGGUCCUGGCUCUGUACGACGGCCGGGCGCUGGUUCCGGAAGUCGGCCCGGGUCAGCGAUGCGGAGUGAUUCUGGACCGGACCUGCUUCUACUCGGAGCAGGGCGGCCAGUCGCACGACCGCGGAUACCUGACGCUGGACGGCCUGCGGGUGAGCCGAGCAUCAUGGGAAACGCCCGGCGAGUCUCCAGGCGACUCCGGGUGUUCUGCCCCCCAGGAGGUUCUGUUCUCAGUGGAGGCGGUGAACCGGACCGGAGGGUAUGUCGUCCACCAGGUGACGGUUCCGGACCACCUGAGAACUGGAGACCAGGUGGAGCUGCACCUGGAUCAGGCCCACCGGCUGUCCUGCAUGGCUAAGCACACGGCGACCCACGUCCUGAACUUUGCCCUGCGGUCGGUUCUGGGUCGGUCGGUCCAGCAGAGAGGCUCUCACAUCUCGGCGGACCGCCUGCGCUUCGACUUCAGCAUAAAGGGUUCGCUCAGCUCCGCCCAGCUGCAGCAGGUGGACAGGUGCGUUGGCGACGUCAUCUCGGCCAAUCAGGACGUCCACACCCUGGAGGUUCCUCUGCGGCUCGCCGGCGCCAUCCACGGCCUGAGGACGGUGGACGAGGUGUAUCCGGACCCGGUCCGCGUGGUGUCGCUGGGUCCCGUCUCCGAGCUGCUGGACGGCAGGACGGACAGAGAGACGUCCGUGGAGCUGUGCUGCGGGACCCACCUGCUGCAGACCGGAUCCAUCCAGGACCUGGUGAUCGUCUCCGAGAAGCAGCAGGUGAAGGGGAUCAGUCGCAUCGUCGCGGUAACGGGUCAGGACGCCGUCCAGGCGAGGGACAUGGGACGGGCGUUGUCCCAGGAAGUGGACUCUCUGUCAGCCAGACUGUCAGGCUCCGCCCCCUCCAGCCUAGGCUCCGCCCUCCAGUUCUCCAAGGAGGCCAGCACCCUGUCUGACGCUGUGGACAACACGCCCAUCCCCCAGUGGCAGCGCCGGGAACUGCAGGUCCGGCUGCGGGCCGCGCUGCGCUCCAUCGGCACCGCCAUCAGGAAGCUGGAGGCUCAGCAGGCUGCGGAGAAGGCGGCGGCGCUGCUGCGGCGGCGCGGACCAACGGAGCUGCUGGUGGACGGCGUGGAGACGGACUCGCCGUCGGUUCUGAUGAAGACCGUCAACCAGCUGAGCACCGCCGCCCCCCUCAGUCACGUGAUGCUGCUCGCUCACCAGAGGCAUUCUGGGAAGGUUUUCUGUGCCUGUCAGGUUCCCAAGGACUCGCCGGCCCUCGCCGCCUCUGAUUGGGCGGUGGCCGUUUGCCGCCGCUUGGGGGGGAGUGCCGGGGGAUCAGCGCUGGUCGCCAAGGGAACCGGAAGCAGCAGUGACAUCACAGAGGCCCUGAUGUUUGCCGAAGACUUCGCCCGCAGCAAGGUGGGGCGAUGAUGUCACAGGCUCCUCCCCCAGGAGGCGCGCUGUGAUUGGACCCAGAGAUUUCUUUGUUUUAGAAGAAAUAAAAUCAGAACUGAG